AUGUCUGACGUCCACGUCCCCCUCUGCUUCGCGUCCUGCUCCAUCGGCACACCAAAGCACACGCUCCACCAAAAGAUCGAGGCUAUUGCCCACGCAGGCUUCCAGGCCAUAGAGUUGUCCAUGCCAGAUCUCCUUUCCUACGCAACUCUUCACUUGGGUCGUGACGUGGAAGAGGAUGACUAUGAUGCCCUCUGCGAAGCAGGCGAACAUCUCCGCGCUCUAGUAGAGGGGCACAACCUGACCAUCCUGGUGCUGCAGCCAUUCGCCAACUUUGAAGGCUGGCCCAAGGAGAGCCGAGAGCGGUAUGAAGCGUUCAAGAAAGCGCGAGGAUGGAUACAGACCAUGUCCGCCGUGGGCACAGAUAUGCUCCAAGUGGGAUCCUCCGACUCGACAGGCAUCUCCUCUUCCUUUGAGGAUCUCGCCGCCGACCUACGCGACUUGGCCGAUCUCAUGGCCCCCAAGGGAUUCCGCAUCGCGUAUGAGAACUGGUGCUGGGCGACCCACGCACCUACGUGGAAAGACGUCUGGGACAUUGUCAAGCUGGUGGAUCGCGACAACAUUGGGCUAUGCCUCGACACGUUCCAGACAGCCGGUGGCGAAUGGGGAGAUCCGACGACGGAGACGGGCCGGCUCCCCGGUAUCUCCGAGGAGGAGUUGAAUGAGCGAUACCAGAAAAGCCUGGACGAGCUUACGCAGACGGUGCCCAAGGAGAAGAUCUUCUUCCUGCAAAUCAGCGAUGCCAAGAAGAUGAGCCCGGCGCUCAAGGCGGAGAGUGACGAGACAGGACUAAGGCCCCGAGGGCAGUGGAGUCACGAUUACCGGCCCUUGCCGUAUGAUGGCGGCUAUCUGCCCAUCGCCCCGUUCGUCAAGGCCGUGUUGGACACGGGCUUUGAAGGGUGGUUCAGCAUGGAAGUCUUUGACGGCAGCUUUAGUGAGCGCUACGGGAAUGAUCUUGCAGCGUAUGCGAAGAAGGCGGCGGAUGCUAAUGCCAGGUUGAUCAACGAGGCUGUCGGCAAGGGCAAGGGGAAGGCUGCUGCAUGA